AGAGCAGAGAGCAUCCCAAAGUUUGAGUCUGCAGCUGUCCGGGCUCAGCGCGCACAAGGACCAGGCUACAAGGAGUCAGGUGGUGGUUUAGAGGAGGCUCCGGUGAUUCUUCGUCUUGACCAGGAACAUCUGUCUGUGAUGUCAGCACAACUGGAUGAGCUCGGUGAACACAUUCUGCCUUCCGCGGACUGAGGACUGAGGACUGAACUGGAUGAAGCCAAUGAAGCUUUUACUGUGUGACUGAUAAAAACGUACCUCUUGCUGCUUGUCUUGUCAGGAGAAGCAGUUUUCUGAGGAGAUCAUCCCAAAGGGAAACAGUGAGAGUAACUUAUUACAACACCUGACAGCUCUCUGACCUACUUAUCAUGCUUCAGCGAGCUGGGCUGACGGAAAAAACUUUGCAUUUAGCAGUUGCCACCAGGGAAGGUGGUGCAAUGUUUUAUAUUCAGGGCUAUCGAUCCACUGACCUCCUGAUCUAAUUAGCCAUAAACAAAUGCCCAAGCGGAUGAACACCUGGUGUUACCGGAUCCUGCAGACGCUUUAAAUAGCCUCGUGAACACUUGUCUCUGGCUCUUAGUUCAGUGACAUAACACACACACACAGACAGCUAUAUGCAACUGGGUGAUAAAAGUCCAUCUGUGCGUCAUUAACUCCCUCAGAGAGUGCGAUCAGACAUGUGUUUGGAUUAGCAGGAGACAAUGUCACAUCCUGUCUACAUCGAGUGAGGGAGAGAGCUGAUAAAAAAACAAGAAAAACUAUACCUGCCCGAGGGUGGGCCACUAAAGCCUGUGCGCCACAGAGCUUGAUUGAAUCGCUUCCUCGAAAUGUGCGACAGUAAAAAGUAGUCCAUGUUAAUUGAAAAGUGCUCGUGUGCAUAUUGAUGUGUGUCUGUCACAUUGUCGGAGCAGAUUAAGGCUGGGCCUGUCUGGUCAUGUCACUCUGACUGACCUGGAUUUAAUUAAAGAAACUGGCCACCAGAGGAAGAUGUGCAUCCCCCUGUGAUCAGAACACACACACACACACACACACACUUCUAUUACUGGAGUCGUCUUACUUGUUGACAACCUGCUAAUUUGGGCUACCUAACUCCAUCCCCCAACAAACAGGGUCUACAGUAUAAAACCUGUAUAGCUUUUUUUUUUGUUAACUCGCAUAUUAAGAUCUCCAUUUUGGCCUCUCUUACCACGCUGCUUCUCAUGAGCACGUUCCCUUUCUUCUCCGCAACUCCUCCCAACACACCAACCAUCCAAUCAGUGUGUAAACCCUGCUUUCGGGUCCCGUGGAGGAUGAACGAUGUGCCAACCAUUGACUACGAGUUGCUGCUGUCCCCGGCCAGCUCCUCCCUCCCUGGCAGUCCUGGCGGUGGCAGCAGCAGCCCCCCUCUGACCAUGGUCGGGGUAGACAAUGAGCAGCGCACCGCCUUGGCCUUCGUAGGUCUACUCAUGCUUUUCCUGGUCUUCCUGCUGGUCAGGUGCUUCAGGAUCCUGCUUGACCCCUACAGUCGCAUGCCUGCAUCAUCCUGGACUGACCACAAGGAGGGGCUGGAGAGGGGUCAGUUUGAUUAUGCACUGGUUUAGGGUGGUGUGUCAACGGGGUCUAGAAGACGAAAUAUUUCAAUGUACACAGACACAAUCUUUUACGGCCUAGUCUAAUUCAUAGAUGGUGAUAGACGGCGCAAUGCAGGGUAUUAAAAAUGCUCCAUAAGCAGUAGGUUUACCUAAUGUUACUGAAGUCUGCGCACUGGUGUAAAUAUGAGGCUGCUGUACCUUAUCCUACCACAACAAGAUUGGUCCAACGAGAGCCUCACCCUGCAAGAUAAACACUCACCCAUACUCGGAAAUAAUAAGCUGCACAGCUGCCUUAACCUGAACUAAUGUAAGAUGCGACCAUGCCGCCACAUAAUGACAUCACCUGUAGGGCUAGUUAUUCCAAAUCCGACUUGUCAGAUCACAACAUAGUUUCAAACUUCGAAGCUGCAUUUGUGGCAAGAACACACAGGAAGGACACGGUUCACACUUGAGCAGACGCCCCUAUAAAGGAACCAAGGUCCAUUAAAAAGCCUCCAUAUGUCGACGUGCUAAUCCUGCUGCACAAACCUCACGUGUGUUUUGAUCUCGGACACUGAUCCUGGAGCAGCACCAGACGAGCUCCAGAUGCUUUUUUAGAGCCCGAGCACGUAGUUUAUGUGUCCAUAAAACUUUGUCCGUGUAUGUUUUGUGUGUUAUGGUCACUAUAACUGAGAAGCCAUAUUGAAACUAUAUAAUCUCUUACACUGCAAGUAGAAUUUAUGUUCAUUGGUAGUGUCCUUUGCUUAGUCGGCCUGCCAAGUGUGGUGAUGAAGCAAACAGCGACUUUUAGGGGGAAAAAGCUUUAUUUUUCUAUUCCUGACUCAAGUUUGAGAGUCUCCUUUUUGCUAUCUUUCUGUCCUUCUCCUCUCACCAUAUUGAUCCUUAGACUGUGAGUUUCCAGAGGUAGUCGCAAAGCAGGUAGCUUUGCUCCUUUGUGUUUUGUAACUACAGAUUUUUCUGACUAUCUGCUUUGUUUUUGAUAAACUGUGAAGAAAUCGGUGAAAUUAUACGAAUUCCUCCUUUAAUUCCUCUUCUUUAAUUUCUACUGAUAGAUCGAACGUGUGGAAGUUGAGAAUGAAAUAAAAAGCGAUUACUACUUCUUCUUCAUGUGUCACAUUUGUCAGCAACAAACACGGUGAGGAAAGGAAAGAAAAACUCAGGCA